AUGGGUCGUUCUCGUGGAAACUUUCAUUCUGAUGAGGACCCCACUCAAAGAUCAAGGAGGAAAAAGAAUGCAUCCACUGGAGAAAACUUAGAAUCUUCAGUAGCAGGUCAGGGAAUAAGUGAAGGGAAAAGGGCUUACCACUGCAAUUAUUGCAACAAAGACAUUACGGGGAAGAUCCGAAUCAAGUGUUGUAUGUGCCCUGAUUUUGACCUAUGUAUAGAGUGUUUUUCUGUUGGAGCUGAGUUGACAUCUCAUAAAAGCAAUCACUCUUACAGGGUUAUGGACAAUUUAUCUUUCCCGCUUAUUUGCCCAGACUGGAAUGCAGAUGAUGAAAUACUGCUUCUGGAGGCAACCGAGAUGUAUGGAUUGGGGAACUGGGCUGAAGUUGCUGAGCAUGUUGGGACAAAGAGUAAAGAACAAUGUAUAGAACACUACACAAAUGUUUAUUUGAACUCGCAGCGCUUUCCUAUUCCGGACAUGUCUCAUGUAGAAGGAAAAAAUAGAAAGGAGCUUCUUGCUAUGGCUAAAGGGCAUGGAGAGGACAAGAAAGGAUUUCCUCUGCUGGGGGAUCAUAGUUUGAAGGAGGAAUCUCCAUUUUCUCCUUCAAGAACCAAAGCGGAAGAUAUGCACAAAGGUGGCCAUUCUAGCCGUUUACUGUCUAGCAUCAAUACUGAUGCAGAAUCUGGACUUCGCUCUAGUGGUGCAAGUGUGGCAGCAGCAGCUGGUAACAAGAAGCCAUCCAACAUGGCCCAGGUUAAAGAUGGUCCUGGUGUCAUUAAAGUGGAAGAACCUCAAGCAGAUAGAAAAGGGAAGAAACCAAGUUCUUUGGGGAGUGUGGGCCCUUCUUUAGUCGAGUUGAGUGGUUAUAACGUCAAAAGGCAGGAGUUCGAUCCUGAAUAUGAUAACGAUUCCGAGCAGCUAUUGGCUGACAUGGAAUUUAAGGAUACUGACACUGAAGAUGAGCGUGAUCUGAAGUUAAGAGUGUUGCGAAUCUAUUCAAAAAGACUUGAUGAGAGGAAGCGUAGAAAGGAUUUCAUACUAGGAAGAAAUUUAUUAUAUCCUAAUCCUUUUGAGAAGGACCUAUUGCCUGAAGAAAGGGCGAUAUGUCGACGUUAUGAUGUCUUCAUGUGCUUCCAUUCCAAGGAAGAGCAUGAAGAAUUACUUCAGACUGUUAUUGCGGAGCAUCGGACUAUGAAAAGAAUUCAAGAACUUAAGGAAGCCCGAGCUGCUGGUUGCCGUACAUCGGCUGAGGCAGAUAGAUAUCUUGAGCAUAAACGGAAAAAGGAUGCUGAAGAAAAUGCUCGCAGAGCAAAGGAAAGUGGGCAAGUUGGUGCGAGCAGUCAGGGAGGUCCAAAUUUGUUCGUGUCCUCAGAGUCUGUUGACAAGGACUCAAACUCGAGGCCAGCUGGACAGGCUACUUCAAGCUCUGCCAGUGAUAUGGAUAUAAUGGGAUUUUAUGGAUCAGAUUUACUGUCUGAAGCUGAGAAACGUCUCUGCAGCGAGAUUAGGUUACCACCACCCGUUUUCCUCAAGAUGCAAGAAGUUAUUUCAAUUGAAAUCUUCAGCGGCAAUGCCAGUAAAAAAUCAGAUGUCCAUCACUUGUUCAAGAUUGAACCUAGUAAAAUCGACAGGGUUUAUGACAUGCUUGUGAAAAAGGGGAUCACUCAGCCUUGA